GGCCCUAUCCCUAUCCAGAUUUCCUCUGGUUGUAUCAGCCAUAACUAUACAGAAUACAGAUAUAGUUAGAGUUCUUCCUUCCAAUCAGUUGCCCGGAGUUUGCAGAAAUCUCUGUUAUUGCAAGAAACAGUAGAAAACUGAGUUUCCACCAUCGCCAGAAGUCCUCCUCUCUGUUUACAGCCGUCUCCUACUGCAGUUACUGUAAGACACGGAACUGGAGAAGCUUCUAGAGCAGCCGCUAAAUCCUUGUAUCUGGAUAAGCUUUAUAUAUAAACAUUUGCUGGAAAAACAAGGCCGGGACAUGAUGUGUAACUCCACAGACCCAACGUCAGGUCACAUGUCCCAACACCGGGAGGCCAGCAUACGGCUAAUAUUAGCAUCUCCCAUCAUGCCUGCCCAGCAAGGUUCCGAAGUCGCCCCACAGUAAGCUAGGUUAGAAAGCAGGACCUAAAAGACAAGCACUGGACAAGCAAGAAAAUGCCCUAUCCAGGCUGGAAAAAGAUAAGAGGAUUUCUGCUCUUGUAUGGCUUUUGACUUGAUCUGUCUACCACACAAGUUAAUGGGUUUUAUUGAUUGGGGACUUAUCUAAUCGAAAUAAUCCAGUCAUCAUGGAUGGCAAAUCCACUGAAGCCUUACUCUUCCAUGAUGAAGACUUCUCCGGUGACUUGAUGAGGCAGCUGAACAAGUUGAGAGAAUCCAAAUUACUUACUGAUGUCACCAUUUGUAGCGAUGACUGUGAAUUUCCAUGUCAUAGGAACGUCCUGGCCUCCAGUAGCCCAUACUUCAAGGCUAUGUUCUGCAACAAUUUUAAGGAAAGUAGCCAGGACAAGGUGCCUUUGAUAGGCAUUGACUCAGACACACUUCACCGGAUUAUUGUCUACGUCUACACCGGGGAGAUCCUCAUAACUUUGGAGAAUGUCUUUAGUCUCAUUCAAGGUGCUUCACUACUACAGUAUGAAAAACUGUUGGGAGCUUGUUCGAAAUUCCUCCAGGCCCAAAUAAAUCCUCAAAAUUGUUUAAGUAUAAUCCAACUUUCUGAAUUCUUUAGCUGUAAGAACCUUAAAAAGAAAGCUCGACAAAUGGCUUUGCAAUAUUUUAAAGAUGUGUCCAUUUCUGAAGACCUGAAGGAUCUUGGUGUCUCAGAACUGUUGGAUUAUAUAGGUGAUGAUAACCUUUGUGGUGAAGAAGAACAAGUGUUUGAGGCUCUGAUGACCUGGAUCAGACACGAUGAACAAGGUCGAAGGUGCUACAUACAAGACUUAUUUCAAAAAGUCAGACUGCAGUAUGUCCAUCCAACUUUCCUUUUCCAUUUCAUUGCCAAUGACCCUCUUGUUCAGUCUUCGGUGUCUUGCAGGAGAAUGUUAGAAUCAGCAUGCAGAGUAUUGUUUGCUCAUAACACAUCCAUCUCCCCCAAUAUAAAGCCAAUGUGUCAUGUUCCACGUCGAUUUUCUCAUCAAGAGUUCCUCAUCAACGUGGGAGGUCGGAAAGACAACCAGCAGACCACCAGAGACGUCUUGUUGUAUAAUGAGAAGACCAACCAGUGGUUAAAGCUUGCCAAGCUGCCAACACAUCUACACAAGGCUUCAGCAGUUGGGUUGCAUGGAAAUGUGUAUGUUCUAGGUGGGUUAUUUAUUGGAGACAAAGAAAACAUUGUUACCUCAAGCGUUUACAUUCUGUCUCUCAAAUUAAAUCAAUGGCGCAAAGGAGAACCCAUGCUUCUCCCUCGGUAUUCCCACAAGAGUAUCGGGCACCAAAACUAUAUCUUCUCAUUGGGAGGAAUUGGAGCAAAACAACAAAUUCUGAGCUCGGUGGAGAGGUUUGAUAGUAUUUAUAACUCAUGGGAGGCAAUGGCCAGUAUGCCAGUGGCUGUUCUUCAUCCAGCGGUAGCCACCAAAGAUGAAAGGAUAUACCUUUUUGGUGGAGAGGAUGUGAUGCAGAAUCCAGUCCGACUUAUACAGGUUUAUCAUGUUUUCAGAAACAUGUGGUUCAGGAUGGAGACCAGAAUGGUAAAAAAUGUCUGCGCCCCAGCAGUUCUUGUGGGGGAGAAGAUUAUAAUAAUCGGAGGUUACACCAGAAGAAUAAUCGCCUAUGACAUGACACAAAAUACAUUUGUCAAAUGUGCCGACAUGAAGGACAGAAGAAUGCACCAUGGGGCCACCGUCAUGCAGAAUAAAAUUUACGUAACGGGCGGCCGGUGUCUGACGGUGGACAACACCAUUGAGGACUCAGAUUCGUUUGACUGCUAUGACCCCGACACCGACACAUGGACUUCCAAGGGGAAACUGCCUCAUACAUUAUAUGACCAUGGCUGUCUCACGCUGCAGUGCAUCCCUACCCAAUUACACUGACAUUGUGGCAAGGACGACGUACUGUCAAGUGGUAUGGUCCAAGAAUCCCUCAGAAACUGUGGAUGCAUGCUUGCACUUUUUGCAGUUCUUCUACAGAGUAAAGUCCCACAAAGGGUUUCACCACCUGAAAGGGACGGAGUUGCAAACCUAAAUUUUAUUUUUUUCUGGACAAUUUAUCCAAAACAUUUUUUUUUUUUACAGAAAUUGGAAAACUAUAAUGAACCAUCAAGAUGAUAAUGAAUACAUGUUUAUCGGUCAACUAAUAGUGGUCACAUUACCAGCAUUUACUGCUGAGAAUUAAAAUCAAAGUGACCCGCUCAAGUACCACCGGCCUCCAAAAAUAUCAUGGACAUAUCUAAUAGUUUUCAUGCCGAUAAAUAAAUAAAUAUGGCUAGCUCACAGUAACAUUAA